CGGAAGUGAAUGAAUGAAACGAUGGCGAUAGGUAACCUGUAACGUCUCCGUGCAACUGGGACGAGGUCAGAGUGAGUUUAGUUUUCACACUUUGUGGCUAUUUUGUCCAAACUACGUUUUUAACAACUGCCUUCAACGAGUACAUUACGUGCUGACGUUAGAAAGAAUACACAUUAGCCUGACGGUGACUAUUAUAACUGCUGUAACGGUGACGUUUGUAAGCACCUCAGCUGGAAGUACCGCUGGAUAAAUUAACUGUAAGCCUGUACGCCCUCCCAGACCGCCCUACCUUUGACACACAAUGAGACAGUUUAGCCUCGCUCUCCUCCGCCACAUCUCCUCAUCCACUGCCCCCGCACUCACCGGGACGUGCCGCCUUCACAGUUGGCACUGCUUCACUGCUUCACGCCCUCAGUACCGGAGCAUCGUCCCGCCUCACAGCUGCCAGCACACACGGACUGAAAGCACAGCAGCCAGCCAGCACAUACAGGACCUGAGUGGGCCUGAGCAGAGACUGCUGAAUAAACUUUAUGACGGGCUGAUCGGAGGACAGCGGGCGUCUUUGGCAGAGUGCAUCACUUUGGUGGAGACCCAGCAUCCCAGAAAGAAAGAGCUGGCCCAGGUGCUGCUGCAGAGGGUCCUGGCUUACAGGAGGGAGCAGGAGAGCCGCAAUGGAGGGAAGCCAGUGGCCUUCAGAGUAGGUCUGUCUGGACCCCCCGGAGCAGGAAAGUCCUCCUUCAUCGAGGUGGUGGGGAAGAUGCUGACAGGACGUGGACAUAAAGUUGCAGUGCUGGCUGUCGACCCAUCCUCCUGCACCACUGGGGGGUCUCUGAUGGGCGAUAAGACUCGUAUGACUGAGCUCUCAAGAGACAUGAACGCCUUCAUCAGGCCAUCGCCGACCUCGGGAACACUCGGAGGUGUCACCAGAACAACCAACGAGGCCAUUGUUCUCUGCGAGGGAGCAGGUUACGACAUCGUCCUUGUGGAGACUGUAGGAGUCGGCCAGUCAGAGUUCGCAGUGGCAGACAUGGUUGACAUGUUUGUGUUGCUGAUUCCACCAGCAGGGGGCGAUGAACUCCAGGGCAUCAAGAGGGGCAUAAUCGAAAGGGCCGAGUUGGUCGUGGUGACAAAGUCAGACGGAGACCUGGUGGUGCCGGCCAGGAGGAUCCAGGCUGAAUACACCAGCGCACUCAAACUGCUCAGGAGACAGUCCAAAUCCUGGAACCCUAAGGUGGUGCGGGCUUCCUCGCAAACCUUCGAGGGCAUCCCAGAGGUCUGGGCCAAGAUGGAGGCAUACCGGGAGGCCGCGCUGGCCAGCGGUGAGCUGCAGGGCAGGCGGACGGCCCAGCAGAAGGUGUGGAUGUGGAGUCUGAUCCAGGAGAGCGUCCUGUGCCAUUUCCAAAAUCACCUCGGUGUCAGAGAAGCUCUACCCCACCUCGAGGAGAGGGUCACCAAAGGAGCCAUCUCUCCAGGACUGGCUGCUGACCUGCUUCUCAGAGCCUUUUCUUCAUCCUCUUCAUCACAGUAAUCACUGGGACUGCACUGUCAGAUAAGAAACGGAUCACUCACUGAAUAGGAGAGCGAGAAAAUGACCUUGGCUCUGCGGUUUGCACAAAAAGACUCGAUCUCUGCUCUUUUAACACACGAUUUAAAAAUUUAAAUACGUGAGAGUCACCCCCCGUCUACAGAGGCUUCGCUUUCUGAUUGCUUUCAUCCAAGUCACAAGAGCAGGAAGAGCGCUGAAAGUCGUCAUUUCUCGUCAGCGGCUCCGAGACGCACUCGCGUUUGGCAAAAAUGAGAUGCGUUGAGAGUCCGAGAUGUGAAACGCGGAAGCGACCGUCUCUUUUGGACACUACGGACAAGUUUUAACGAGAUCAGUGAAGGAGGAUUCAAAGGUCGUGUGGUUGCAGUUGAAGAAUAGUUUGAGCGGUAUCUUUCACUAUCAUGAACGGCGUGUUACAGUAAAGCUGUGACUCGUUCCUCACGAUCAGUAAUAUCAGUAAUAACAGCCUAUUUGCGAGCCACAAAGCGUCAAUGAAAGGAUCGGGCUUGGGUAGAAUCGAUUUAGUUAGAGCCCCGUGUUUCUGCUGCUGAACUACUGAAGAUGUUGCUCUAAUAACAGGUUUUCCUCAGGAAAGCAUCGAGGCUUUGAAUCAGUGUUUUUUUUCUUUUUUUGUUUGUUUUUUAAUCCACUGUUUGGUUUCUAUUAAAGAACAAUUUGAAUCUUAAGUGGACAAGUGAAUUACAUUAAAUCUGCCGGCGCAGUUGGCCGAGCUCUUCUACCGCUGCGUGUUUGCUCACGAUAUGAAAAAGGGCCGAGUGAUUAAUGUUACCUCUACGAAUAUUAGCCCUGAGAUUUGUCAGAGAUUUAAUGACAUUUCUUUUCGGCUCUCCGGAGCCAGAAAUGUCAGCGCUGGGCUUCGUCUGAAUGACUCAGCUGUACGGUUGCUUCGAAUUCAGGCAAAACACACUUUAAUAUUUCCAGAAUUAAGUUCAUACUGCGCUGCGCUCCCGGACACCACCGGAGGACUGAACACAAAGAGAAGUCACGCACUCAUAACGCCGGUGCAGCUACUUUAUUACUUUAUUAUUUAAAGAGGCUGCUGCAGCUGCUUUAUUCAGGGACCCCGCAGCAGACGCCGGUGUCAGCGGCAUAUUCUUAUACAGUCUAAUCUAUACACAGGGUAUUUCCCACCCAUUAUGUACUCGUAGGCUGCACCUGUUAUUUUUAGUGUCUGUUAAUCCGUCAGCUAUUUUUUUUUAAUAUAUAAACGUAUGUAAACGUACACAUCAUAAUUUCCAGACUCCAAACUGACAUCUGAAGACUGAGGGAAAGCCUGGCUGUGGCCUCCAGUUUUAGUCCAGGAGUCCUGUAGGGUUGUAAGUGUUCUUUAAACCAGAAGAAAAUGCGAGGUCACAUAAAGUUCAAAUCCAGUUUGUUGAUUCGAUUUUCUGAAUUCGCACAAUGGAGUAUUGUCUUCAACCCACCGGGCGAGCAGGUGGCGUGGACGUCCAAGUGUGUGAAUGCGAUGACUCGAUUUUCAAAUUGAUGCCAUAGGUGCAUCUACUAAAAAUCUCAGAUGUGUUCAAAUCCCGGUGACCUCGAUCUAAAGGUCAAGGUCAGAGGUCAAGUUUUCUGAAAGUCUAAAGAAUCCCUUUUGUAACAUUCUUGUCCCAGGUUGCCCUGUCUCCUUAUCCUCUCUUUCUUCUUCUCUUCCUCUCCAUCGCUACCCACCGGUUGUGGCAGAUGGCCGCCUGUCCCUGAGCCUGCUUCUGUCAGAUGUUUCCUCGCUCACGGGGAGUCGUGUGAUUGUUGCGGUUUUUUCUCUAAUAGUGUAGAAUCGUUAACUUACAGUGUAAAACCCCCUGAGCUCACUGAAAAUGCCAAUAAAUGCUAAAACAAAAAUAUAUCGAUGAGAUAGAAAAGGCUGUUUGGUUUCUGUAACAUCAUAGUCCAACAGUCGAAGCUGUCAGCACAAUGAUGUUGAAGAACUCCCUUGUGUUUGUCCCGUUGGUCUAAUUAUGAGAUUGUGUACACGUGGCAUUAAAUUUGUGUAAACUUGCUGGUACUUCUGACACACAGUAAGUCACUUAAACUGGUAUUGAGAGCUUAUUACCUUUUGCAUUGUGGGCUGGUUCUUAUAUAGCACUUUUCUACUUGAGCACUAAAAGCAGUUUUUACAACACAAGCAUUUUUUAGUACAUCCAAGUCCUUUCUAUAUAACAUUCACACUCCGAUGAACGCACCGGGAUCAUCAUCUUGGCACGCAGACCUGGAGCAGCCAGGAGUUGAACCCCCGACCUUUCAAUUAGUAGAUGUCCUGCUCGACCUCCUGAACCACAGCCACUCUAAGCUCACAGCACCUGGUAUUCCCAGGCGGUGCAUCAGAGUACUAACCGGGCCCGACCCUUGCUCAGUGUCCGAGAUCAGGUGUGCUCAAGGAGGUAGGAUUGUAAUCCUGCUGGAACAAGGUCCUGGGUUCAGAUCCAACAGUUUUUCAGUGUGGAGUUUGGAUGUUCCUCUCCGUGCCUGAGGGAGGUCUUUCCAGGUAAUCAGGCUUCUUUUCCCAAAAAGACAAGCUUGUUUCUGCCACUGGGCAGAUAAAACAAGUCAUCUAUUAGUCAAAAUUUCAACUCACCCAGAAGUUUGACUCAUUAAGUCAACAUUUUGCAAUAAUAACUUGAAAUUUUCACUCAUCUCUACCUUUUCAAAUAAUUUUCUUUUUGUGGGAGAAACAAGACCCUGAAUUGAAUAAGUGAUAAAAAAAAAAAAAAAGUGGUUAAUUUGUUUAAACUUGUAGUUAUUUCUUACUUACAGGAUCAAUAGAGGAGAAACGCUACAGGUGACUACAGAGAGAAAACUGUUUAGAUCACCAUGAAAAUUUCCGGUCUGUCUAAUGCUCUGUAUUGCAAGUUUUAUGAAAGUGUAUUUUUGAUGAGGCAUUGUCACCCCUGUUAUUGGCAUAGUUUUGCAGAUCAUAAAUCGAAUUGGACGAUGACUAAAGCCAAGGUCAUUAGAGUCUUUAUAAAAUCUGUUUUUAUCAUUUGAUAAACCAGAAAAAUAUGAAUAAAUGUUCAUAAAUCAGUGUCUGAAUGCUGUAUAAAUAAAAUCCAUCUGUUUAAAAAAAAGCAGCUUUAGAAAUAUAAACGAAGUUUCAUGUAAGAGCUGAGUUGGAGAUUUCUUGCUUGGAAUAAACACAAUUACUCCGAAUGUGGCCUUUCAAGCUUGUUGUAAUGUCACGUCACUGAAAAA